AUGGAUACUGACGCUGAGAAGAAUAUUGAAAUCUGGAAGGUGAAGAAGCUAGUUAGGUCUUUGGAGCAGGCCAGAGGUAAUGGUACUUCUAUGAUUUCUUUGGUUAUCCCACCAAAGGGUCAAAUUCCGCUAGUGCAGAAAAUGUUGACUGAAGAAUAUGGUACUGCUUCUAACAUCAAGUCUCGUGUGAAUCGUCUAUCUGUGUUGUCUGCCAUUACAUCUACACAACAGAAGUUGAAGCUUUACAACAGUUUGCCACCAAAUGGUCUUGUGUUGUACUGUGGUGACAUUAUUACAGAAGAUGGUAAGGAAAAGAAGGUUACAUUUGACAUUGAGCCAUACAAGCCUAUCAACACAUCUCUAUACCUGUGUGACAACAAGUUCCACACUGAAGUGCUGUCUGAACUGUUAGAGGCUGAUGACAAGUUUGGUUUCAUUGUCAUGGAUGGUCAAGGUGCUCUGUUCGGUCUGCUGCAAGGUAACACUAGAUCCGUUCUACAUAAGUUUACUGUCGACUUGCCAAAGAAGCACGGUAGAGGUGGUCAAUCUGCCGUCCGUUUCGCCCGUUUGAGAGAAGAAAAGAGACAUAACUACGUUAGAAAAGUCGCUGAAGUCGCAGUACAGAACUUCAUCACUAACGAUAAAGUUAACGUAAAGGGUUUAAUCUUGGCAGGUUCCGCAGAUUUCAAGACCGACUUGGCUAAAUCUGAACUAUUUGACCAAAGAUUGGCCGCUAAAGUUGUUCAAAUCGUGGAUAUCUCCUACGGUGGUGAAAACGGUUUCAACCAAGCCAUUGAAUUGUCCGCUGAUGCUUUGGCCAACGUUAAGUUCGUGCAAGAAAAGAAACUGCUGGAUGAAUAUUUCGACGAGAUCUCCCAAGAUACUGGUAAGUUCUGUUACGGUAUUGACGACACCUUGAAAGCUCUUGACCUAGGUGCUGUGGAAAAGUUGAUUGUUUUCGAAAACUUAGAGACUAUUAGAUACACUUUCAAGGAUUCAGAGGACAAUGAAGUUAUUAGAUUCGCUGAGCCAAAGGCCAAGGAUAAGUCAUACGCUGUGGACAAAGCGACCGGCCAAGAAAUGGAAGUUGUUACUGAACAACCUCUAAUUGAAUGGUUAGCUGAAAAUUACAAGAACUUCGGUGCUGCUCUAGAAUUCAUCACUGAUAAGUCUCAAGAAGGUUCCCAAUUCGUUACUGGUUUUGGUGGUAUUGGUGCUCUUCUACGUUAUAAGGUCAACUUCGAACAACUUGUCGAUGAAUCAGAAGACGAGUAUUAUGAUGAUGAUGAAGUUGAGUCUGACUAUGACUUUAUCUAA